GGGAGCGUCCGAACGGCCGGGACGGCACCGGGAGCGGAGGCGGGACCGGGACCGGCACUGAGGGGGUCCUGGCCCCUCGCUGCCAUGGCCAUGCAGAUGCAGCUGGAGGCCAACGCGGACACAUCGGCAGAGGAGGAGAGCUUUGGGCCACAGCUCAUAUCCAGGCUGGAGCAAUGUGGUAUAAAUGCCAACGAUGUGAAGAAGCUGGAAGAGGCUGGAUUUCACACCGUGGAGGCCGUGGCUUAUGCACCAAAGAAGGAACUGCUGAACAUCAAAGGCAUCAGCGAAGCCAAAGCUGACAAAAUCCUGGCUGAGGCAGCCAAACUGGUUCCUAUGGGUUUCACCACGGCCACAGAAUUCCACCAGCGGAGGUCAGAGAUCAUCCAGAUCACCACUGGCUCCAAGGAACUGGACAAACUGCUUCAAGGAGGAAUAGAAACAGGGUCCAUAACAGAGUUGUUCGGGGAGUUCCGUACUGGGAAGACACAGCUCUGUCACACCCUGGCAGUCACCUGUCAGCUCCCCAUUGACCGUGGUGGUGGAGAGGGAAAAGCCAUGUACAUCGACACGGAGGGGACCUUCCGUCCGGAGCGGCUCCUGGCUGUGGCUGAAAGGUAUGGCCUGUCUGGCAGUGACGUCCUGGACAACGUGGCCUAUGCCCGGGGCUUCAACACGGACCACCAGACCCAGCUGCUGUAUCAGGCCUCGGCCAUGAUGGCUGAGUCACGGUACGCGCUGCUGAUUGUGGACAGCGCCACGGCCCUGUACCGCACGGAUUACUCGGGAAGGGGGGAGCUCUCGGCCAGGCAGAUGCACCUGGCCAGGUUCCUGCGGAUGCUGCUGCGCCUGGCAGAUGAGUUCGGCGUGGCCGUGGUCAUCACCAACCAGGUGGUGGCACAGGUGGACGGAGCCGCCAUGUUCGCUGCGGAUCCCAAAAAACCCAUCGGAGGGAAUAUCAUCGCUCAUGCUUCCACCACCAGACUGUACCUGCGGAAAGGCCGAGGAGAGACCAGGAUCUGUAAAAUCUACGACUCUCCAUGUCUUCCCGAGGCUGAGGCCAUGUUUGCUAUCAAUGCCGACGGAGUGGGAGAUGCUAAAGAGUGAAAAGGGCUUUCUUCCCCCUGAAUCCCAAGACUGUGUCCAUAAGGGGCUCCUUUCUGUGUGGCACCUUACGGACAUUCCCCAAGGCAGCUGGCAGAGGAGCCUGUUGUGUGUCAGGGUGUGUCCAUCAGGACACCCGGAGGGGUUGGGAAGACAUCUCCCACUGGGCUGUAAUCACAG